GCGUUGGAAGCAGCAACCAUCAUUUUUCUUUCUCUGGCAGUAGCAGCUCUUUUGCUAAUUGCAGACUACAGGAGGACUAACAGUGGCAAGCCACCGCAUCCUCCAUCAUGGCCAAUAAUUGGGCAUCUGCAUCUCCUAAAAAAGAAAAAGCCCAUUCACCGGAUUUUGGCCUCACUUUCCCAACGCUAUGGACCAAUCGUGCAUCUUCAACUUGGUUUCCGCCCAGUCCUGGUCAUUUCCUCUUCAGAGCUCGCAAAGGAAUGCUUUACAGCAAAUGACAAAGCCCUGGCUUCGCGCCCAAGGACAGUUGCAGCAAAGCAUUUAGGAUAUGACUACAAAAUGUUCUCGGGGCUACCCUACGAUUCAUACUUCCGAAACCUUAAGAAGAUUUGCACCGUCGAGAUCUUCUCUGCCAGAAGAAUCGAUUCCUUCAAACACCUGCGCUCGGAGGAACUUUCCGCCCUCAUCCGUUCACUGUUUGAGAGUUGCCAGCGAGAGGCGGCGCCGGUGAGGAUGAAACCCAGGCUCUCUGACCUCACAUCUAAUAUAAUCGUUCGCAUGGUUGCGAGCAAGAGAGUUUUUGGACAUGAUAAUUCCGGGGACUUUCAAGAAGGGCAUCAUCUGAGGAAGAUGGUAGAAGAAGGUUUCUACUUAUUUGGUGUAUUUGCAAUCGGCGAUUACCUACCGUUUCUUAAGUGGCUUGAUCUACAAGGUCUCAUAUCCGCCAUGAAAAAACUGCAGAAAGAAAGGGACGCCUUUAUGCAGAAAUUGGUCAAUGAGCACCGUAAGAAUCAGGGGAUGCACGCUCACGACUUUAUCGAUCUUCUCAUCUCUGCAGUAGACAACAAUGAAAUUCUAUCUGACAAUAACGACAAUGUGGUGAAGGCCACCGCCCUUAGCGUGAUAACCGCAGGUACAGACUCAUCCUCUGUGACCAUCGAAUGGGCACUGGCGGCUCUGUUGCAGCACCAAGACGUUUUGGGAAAAGCUCAGGAGGAGCUCGACAACUUUGUUGGAAGGGACCGACUGGUGGAGGAAUCAGAUCUACCCAAGCUCUCCUAUCUGCAAGCCAUAGUGAAGGAAACUCUGAGGCUUUAUCCAGCGGCACCCCUUCUAGUUCCCCAUGAGGCCGCAGAGGCGUGUACUAUUGGAGGGUUUGAUGUCCCUGCAGGAACGCGUCUGUUAGUCAAUGCGUGGGCAAUUCACAGGGACGCAGACGUGUGGAGCCACCCAGCGGAAUUCGAUCCUGAAAGGUUUUUAAAAGGAGGGAAAGUGAUUGAUGUGAAAGGGCACGACUUUGAAUUGAUACCAUUCAGUUCCGGGAGAAGAAUGUGCCCUGGAAUGUCUCUGGCACUAAUUGUAGUCCAGUACACCUUGGCGCGGCUGCUUCAGAGCUUCGAGUGGUGUGUUCCAGAGGGCGUUGUAAUUGACAUGGCAGAGGGGCUUGGACUCACAAUGCCCAAAGCGGUUCCUCUGGAGGCCAUUAUCAAACCUCGCCUGCCCCUCCAUCUCUAUUGAUAGAUAUGUCUGAGAUUUCUUCAUCGCUAAACAUGUAUAGAGUUUUAAACGCGUACCCACGUGGGUUCUGCUGCUACAAUAUAGCUAUAGAUGUCCAACCAUGAUAUAGAAUAUGGCCAUAGCAUCUUCAUUGUGGGUUGAACAUCUAUAGCCAUUUUCUGAAAAGUAGAAUUAAAAAAAUCCCUCUAGGUUCCACCUUACCUCUUUCCCAGUGAGAGUGGGUAUAUAUAGU